AGGCUGCAGGCUCAGAAACAGCAUUCUGAUCUGUUAUUUAACUGCUUUUUAAACCAUGAGUGAACCCAGAGGUCAGAUGCAGACUUCAAAUGCUGCAAGCAGCUCCUUAAUGGAACAACAGUCUGCUUCACCCGACCCUGAUGUCCCACCUUCAUCUUCGUCUUCAAAGCUUGGCCAGAGCAACUUCAGGAGAGUCAGCCGCACAGAGGACAGCAGUCCAUAUCCGAUCCCUGGCCUAGCAGCUGACAUCCUGCACAUGCGAGUGAAAGAAGGAAGCAAGAUCCGUAAUUUACUGCGGUUUGCAACAGCUCGCAUGGAAGGGGAAGGGGAAGGGAAAGACAGCAAUGGGACAUCGCUGAGACAGGUGGUCUUCACUGGCUCAGGAAGAGGAGUCACCAAGACCAUCAAUUGUGUGGAGAUUCUGAAACGAAAAGUUGGAGAACUCCACCAGGUGUCAAAGCUCUACUACAAGACGGUGAAUGAGGUCUGGGAGAGUCCCCAGCAGGGAGCCCCAGGUAUAACCAUGCAGAGGACUGUCCCUGCCAUCUGUAUCCUGCUCUCUAAAGACCCUCUGGAUCCCCAGGAGCCUGGAUACCAACCCCCCCAAACCAAGAGUGUCCCCACAGAGGAUGCAGAGAGACGCAGAGGUCUGAUCAGGCCGGCUCACAGUCCCUCCUCACAGCACACAGCCAAGAGAGUCUGUCUGGGUGACUGAGUGUAGGUCCCUCGUGAACGUCUGUCAAGUCCAACUUAUACAGAGGAGCAACGGAAAGCAUCCUAACUGGAAACAUGCAAAGAGGAAAAGUACAUCCAUCCACUGAGCAUCAGUGAUAUUGGUAUGACAGUGUGCCGGCAAGUGGCCUAAAAGCCUGUUCACCUGAUACAAAAAUAUCCUCUGAGGAGCCACCUGACUACAGAGCAGCUUCUUUUCUCAGGCUGUAUGGCUCUCAAUCAUAAAAACAUUUCUGUGUUUUUCUUAUGUAGUAUAACAGGAAUACAAAUGGAUUACCUUGUAUGGUA